AUGGUGGGAAAACGAGUUGGGCGCCCGUCGCGUGCUCUAUGGGAGUCGGACAUAGCCCACCGAUGUUGUGAUGUGCGGUUAGACGUGCAGCAGACAUCGUGCGGCGAACGCGCCGACGUCGUGUCCGAUACUACUUCCCGCGAUCGCAUACAAUCAGCGCCGCUUAUGGACGCAGCUCCGUCACAGAUUAUACAACUGCCC